AUGUCUUUUACCAGCCCAUCCCAAACAGGCACCACCACUGGAUUCCUGUCAUUCAACAGCCACCCGCCGAGAAUAUAUCUAACCGCACCAUCCGACCACACCCCCGAACGGGCGCUCCUCGAAUGGCGAGACGAAGGGUACGAGGCUAGCUAUCUCCCCUAUAAUCCGGACGCUCAGGCGAGCUACAUCCAUACCAUAAAGACUCUACACGAGAACCUCAAGCUCGGUGAAAACUAUGCCAUUGUGUGCUACGGUGAUGCCGCCAGCGUAGUGCUCAAGACAGCUCUUAAGCCUCUGGCGCAUUGCUGCGCCAUUGUGGCAUAUUAUCCACCGAUUCUUCCAUCCCCCAAGGCCAAAUUCUCUUCCCAGACUCGUAUCCAGAUCCACGUUGCUGGCUUGAGUCAAGUGAGUCCUCCGAGCGAACUAUGCGAGUUCCAAGUCUAUCGAUACGAGUCUUGCGCUAUGGGGCUUGCCGAUCCCAGCGCCGACACCUACUCGGAAGUCGAGGCAAAUCUCGCCGGUAGUCGGACACUUGGGUGCUUGCGAAAAGCGUUCAAGCUAGAUGUCGACCUGGAGCCGAUUGUAAACGCGGCGCACAAGGCAAAGUACCAAGAUGAGGUACCGGAGAGGGCCAGUAUGGCAGUAGUGAAGAGUAUGACGCAGAACAGUCCCCACGUCACCAUUGUGCCUACGCUCGAGGGCGGUAUCGGGCGCAGGAGUCUGGAGGAAUUCUACCGCGAGUAUUUCGUACCAAGCCUAGUGGAGGACUUCAGCAUGCGCCUGAUAUCUCGGACGAUUGGAGUCGAUCGUGUGGUAGACGAGAUGGUAAUCUCCUUUACUCAUUCCGACGAAGUGGACUGGAUACUACCGGGCGUUCCUGCUACCAACAAGAAAGUCGAAAUUGCUAUAGUGAGCAUCAUCACUGUGCGUGGGGGGAAACUGGUGUCGGAACACAUGUAUUGGGACAAUGCAUCCGUCUUGUAUCAAGUCGGUCUCUUGGAGCGGUCCUUGAUUCCCAAAGCGUUCAAGGACAAGGGCCUGAAGCACCUACCUGUGGUAGGGGCUGCAGCGGCGCACACACUUAUAAAACCUAAGCAGGGAGAGUACAAUGGUUUGUUGAGGGAAGCCGGUCUUCUGCCUGACUCGAGUACGCAAACGAAUGGCCAUUGA